UGCUACCCUGGCGGUAUUUGUUGCACUAGUGUAUUUAAUUCAUUAACAUUGAACAAUUGGACGUAUUUCACAGCAUCACAGCAGCAGCAACAGAUUUCCGUAUCACACGUCUGCACGAUAGUGAAAGUACUCAAGGAAACGUUUUGUAUUACGGUUUACGCCACCAAGAACGGUCAUAUAAAGCAUAGUUUAGUGGCAGCAAAAUACACUUGGUGUUAUCACGAAGCAUUCACAAAAGAAAUUGAGUGCGUUCCUAGGUUAUGCGUAUCCACUAACCAUUUGAGAGUAUACUGCCAAGUACAAAGUUCAAUUGUGCGCUGUCCAAUUAGAAUACAUAUCACAUAUUUCUAAAUUCAAUAACACAACACAUACGAAAACAAAAAAUGUCCGAGGCACCUGCACAAGAGCGUAAAGCUAAUCCCUUCAAAGCUUUUCUGAGUGGCGGUUUCGGUGGCAUAUGCAAUGUGCUUUCUGGUCAUCCGCUGGACACCAUUAAGGUGCGCCUGCAAACUAUGCCACGACCAGGGCCUGGUCAGCCACCACUAUACACCGGUACCUUUGAUUGUGCUGCCAAAACAAUUAAGAAUGAAGGUUUUAGAGGCUUAUACAAAGGUAUGACUGCACCGCUAACCGGUGUAGCACCAAUUUUUGCCUUAUGCUUUGCUGGUUACGCGUUAGGCAAACGCGUACAACAAACUGGUGAAAAUUCCAAAUUAACUUACUCGCAAAUUGCUAUUGCGGGUUCAUUUUCUGGCUUGAUGUCAACGGUCAUAACAGCGCCCGGUGAGCGUAUAAAGUGUUUGCUGCAAGUGCAACAAGCAUCUGGUGGUGAACGCAAAUACAAGGGUAUGCUCGAUACCGGUGUGCAACUCUAUAAAGAGGGCGGUAUACGUAGUGUUUAUAAGGGCAGCUGUGCGACGCUUUUGCGCGAUUUGCCCGCAAACGCCUUUUAUUUUCUCGCUUACGAGUACAUACAAGAUAAGGCUAAAGAGCAGACUGGUAGCGAGAAGAUUAGCGUUACUUCGACGAUUUUCGCCGGUGGUGCUGCUGGUAUAGCAUAUUGGUUGGUCGGUAUGCCCGCCGAUGUGUUGAAGAGCAGACUGCAAACAGCGCCCGCCGGCACAUAUCCAAAAGGUGUACGCAGCGUUUUCAAGGAUCUCAUGCGACGUGAUGGACCCUUGGCACUAUACCGUGGCGUUACACCGAUUAUGUUGCGUGCCUUCCCCGCCAAUGCGGCCUGCUUCUUUGGCAUCGAAUUGGCCAAUGACGCCUUUGAUGCCAUCGCUCGAUUGUUUUAGAAGACCAAUGAAGUUUCUAUAACACUAAUUUUAAAUAGUGCACUUAUAAAUAUUUGAGGAAAAAAGGAGUUGCAAUAGUUUUUUUAAUUAGCAAGAAAUUACCACUAUUUUCUUAAUGAUUAUUAUUUUCAUAUUGUUGUUGUAGCGAUAUAUAGUAUAGGCUUUUAUAAUGCAUAGAAAAAAAUAUGAAAAUAUACAAACUUUUUGGAAGAAAUAA